AUGGGCGGGGCUUCGUGCCGCAGUGCUAUGUGAUUGUUUCAGCGGGCGCUGGGGAGCAAGAACUUCGCUAGAGCCAUGUGUGCCCAAGCCAACGACUGGCAGUCGGCCAAAUCCAUAUACGAGUUCUCAGCCAAAGACAGCGAUGGAAAUGAAGUGUCUCUGGAGAAAUACAGGGGUUGUGUGUGCAUCAUCACUAACGUAGCCUCUAAAUGAGGUAAGACUCCCGUAAACUACACUCAGUUUGCGGCAAUGCACGCCACGUACGCUGAGAAAGGUUUACGCAUCCUGGGCUUCCCCUGCAACCAGUUUGGAAAGCAGGAGCCUGGAACAGAGGCGGAGAUCAAGGAGUUUGCCGAAGGCUACAACGCAGAGUUUCAGCUCUUCAGUAAGAUUGAGGUGAACGGCGACGGAGCUCAUCCGCUCUGGAAAUGGAUGAAAGAGCAGCCCAAAGGCAGAGGCACUCUGGGAAACAACAUCAAGUGGAAUUUCACUAAGUUCCUCAUUGACAGAGAAGGUCAGGUCGUGAAGAGGUACGGACCGAUGGACGAUCCAAGCGUUGUUGAAAAGGAUCUUCCCAAGUACCUGUAGCCUUUUGGAUCGAAUCCGAUCUCCGUCCCAUGUGUUUGUAGACACCCGUCUCCUCUCUGGUCGAUGGCUGGAUGUUGGCAGGGUGAAGCCCAGAUCUGUGACGGCCGUUCCUCAAGCCUGUGCUCAGGAGGGGACGGCCUGAUGUCCUCCGGCGUGCAAAUUCUCUGGGAAACCCCUCCGAUGUCCAGCCGCAGAGCAGAGAGGAGCUGAACUCGUCACGCAUGCACUGAAAUCACUGAUGUACCUGAAGAAGGUUUUCUGAUGAGCAGCUGUGAUGAUUAAAGAGUAGCGUCAGAA